AUCUGUCUGUGGCUUGGCUGGGACUGGGUGGCGUGGAAACGCUUGCAGGCGCGCGGGGUGUUUCACGUUUGACCCUCCCGGCGCCCGGCUGUGGCGCCUGCCAGAUUAGCCGCACCGCAGCGGUGGCGUCCACGUCAAAACCGAAGCGGGCGCAGGCAGACUCUGGCAGAGGCAGCUGAAGCGGCGGCAGCGUCAGAGGCGGGGGGAGGCUGGGGGGUGGGACACCGACACCUGCCGCGUUACGAGGGUGUGAGGUGGGGGAGAGAGAGAGAGAGAGAGAGAGAGAGAGAGGGGACUGGGAGAGAUCCAGGGACUCUGGGGGCGCGCCGGCCUUAGAAGAUCUGGCGGCUGCUGCUGCUGCUGCUGCCGCUGCCCAGAGGAGAAACAACGAGGAUACCACCGCCACCGAGAGGGCGGCCAGGCCCAGGCGGGGAAGGAGGACGGAGGAGGAGGAGGAGCGGCGGGGAGAUCUCUGGCUCUCUUCUCGCUCUUCCGUCCAUGGAGCUGGGAGACGCCACCGCCGGCCAGGGAGCGCAAGGGGACGCCGCCUCCGGGGCCCUUGUCAGGAAGAAGAGGAUGAGGAGGAAGAGCACUGGCCCUGACUCCAUUGCCGAGACGAUCAAGUGGUGGAAGGAGCAGAACCAGAAGCUCCAGGAUGAGAGCGGUUCCAGGAAGGCGCCGGCCAAGGGUUCCAAGAAAGGGUGCAUGACGGGCAAAGGAGGGCCUGAGAACGUCAACUGCGUGUACCGCGGUGUGAGGCAGCGGACGUGGGGCAAGUGGGUGGCGGAGAUCCGCGAGCCCAACCGUGGCCGGAGGCUAUGGCUGGGCUCCUUCCCUACUGCCGUGGAAGCUGCCCAUGCAUACGAUGAGGCGGCAAAGGCCAUGUAUGGCCCCAAGGCACGUGUCAACUUCUCGGAUAACUCUGCUGACGCCAACUCUGGCUGCACGUCGGCGCUUUCGUUGCUGGCAUCUAGUGUACCGGUUGCCACGUUGCAACGGUCUGAUGAGAAAGUGGAGACUGAGGUGGAAUCUGUGGAGACUGAGGUCCAUGAGGUGAAAACUGAAGGGAAUGAUGACUUGGGAAGUGUCCACGUUGCCUGCAAGACCGUGGACGUCAUUCAAUCUGAGAAGAGUGUGUUACACAAAGCAGGGGAAGUAAGUUAUGAUUACUUCAACGUUGAAGAGGUGGUUGAGAUGAUAAUUAUAGAAUUGAAUGCUGAUAAAAAAAUUGAAGCACAUGAAGAAUACCAUGAUGGAGAUGACGGGUUUAGCCUUUUUGCAUAUUAGAAGCAUGGUUAUGGGGAGAAGUAGGAAUAACUUCAUUCUAGAUGUUAGGAAAACGCUUCAACCUGAAGCGUUGUAGUCAUUCGUGGUUUUCAUCUUACUGAGACAUAGCUUUAUACUAUGAGCCAACCGGUACAAGAAGUUGUCCUGUGUGUUGAGUUCCUGUACUAUAGUAGGAAAUGAGUCCGUGUUUAAUGAGUUCUCUUGGUUGUUAAUAUUGCACAUUUGCUCGGCUGAACUCAAGUUAGCUCAAGAAAAGGAAUGGUAAGUACACCGAAUAAGUUUUUAGGAUUGCAUUAAAUUGCAAAGCUGGCAUAUGAGCAAGUCAUUUCGUUGUAAUGGUACAUUCAGUUACAAUAGAGUAAUCAUACUUUUUGUGCCUCAUACAUGCAUGGAUUUUUCAAUGAUUAUAUCUCAUACUGCUAUACAAUCAUUCAGAGUGAAGUGAUUUAUGGAAACUUAGUAAGGGGAAGCUGCAGGCAUUCUCUAAAUUCAAGCCACCUUGUUUCACUGUGGAAGGUCCUUUGUUUGUUAGGCCAGUAUGUUAGCCAAAUCCAGCCUCGGAUUUCCCAGUUCAUAGUCUUUCCUAGUGUUGCACCACAGAUCUUCCACCAGACACUAUCUCCAUACUCAUCACGUGCAAAAAUGACACCCCCCUGCUUUGUGAACGGGCGGUAUGCAUUUGAGUACCUGUCACGGAACCAGGCCCUUGGUUGAAGCAGAGAAAGCUUUGAAGGUUUUGAAGAAUAAACCUCCCUUCCAUUGAUACCAUCAUGAAGAAACCAGUUCAAGGUUGCAGUGUUGCCAUGCACAGACUGCUCAAAUUUCCAGGGCUUCAUGGCCAGAGUAAGGCUUUCAGUGACUGAUGCCUUCAGACCAAAUGAGUUUGGGGGGUCAAAGGAACCCUCAAAGCCCUUCUCAAUGCCAAAUUCAUGUGUGGGGUUGUCGUUGGACUUGCCGACAGAAACAGACAGCACAUCAGAUUGUUGCAUAGGUGUGAUUUGCAGCAUGACACGGGAUGGGAAGUGCUUCUCUUCAGAGCCAUAUCCUCGUUCUGCCAUGAGGGUCUCAGAGACCAAAGAGUCCACAUCACACCUGUGAUAGAUGCCAAAGUGAGUGCUGUCUUUUCCUUUUUAUUUUGUUUUAUUAGAUAGUCCAUGUAUAUGGACAAAUGUUAUUUUGUAAUGAAGUUGCUUUCUACAGCUAAUCAUAGUCUGUGAAACAAUGAACAAUCAUGAAUUUCUAA